AUGGAUCCCGACUCCUAUGAGCCUGCCGAGGAGUCGAGCGACGAUGAAGGGUCUGAUGAUGAGGCCGUUGGCCGUGAUAUCGCUCAACCCAUCCCUGAACAGGAACGAGAUGGCCGCCGCCUUGAUCCACCGCCUGCAGGCCCAAUCUCUGAGUCGAAUGACCAGCCAAUUGCCGACAACGUCCACGAUGAGGCUUCUGACCAGAACACGGCACCUGGACAGCAACCGAAGGGUGGUCCCCCUGGUGGGAUAACGUCGGCACAACACGAGCAAGUCCGUGACGCACCUGUACACGUUGUCCCCUUUGGAGGGGAUGCAGGAGUGCCUACACGGCCAGGUCAAGGGCCGCGCUCUGCCUACACGUCCUACGCUCAUGAGGUCGAUCCUGACGCGAAGAAUCCAUACGCACCCUUUGCGUCGCGCAUAGACUGGGAGAUCGCUCGGUGGGCGAAGCUUCGUGGGUCGGGAUCGACCGCGUUCACAGAUCUGCUCGCAAUUCCGGAGGUACGCGAUCUACUGAAGUUGUCGUUCAAGAAUAGCGAGGAGCUGAACAAGAUCAUUGAUGAGAAGCUGCCGAACCGCCGUCCAGAAUUCCGCUGCUUUGAAGCAUGUGUGGGCGGCGAGCGAUUCGAGAUGUUCUGCCGCGACAUCCUCGAAUGCAUCCUUGCGCUUUGGGGCGAUCCUGAGCAUGCGGCAAUCCUCUGUAUCACGCCGGAGCGCCAUUAUGCUGAUGCUGACCAAACACUACGGCUCUAUCAUGAUCUCCACACGGGGAAAUGGUGGUGGGCUACCCAGACUCGGCUCGAAGCAGAGAAACCGGGCGCGACCAUCAUCCCUGUCAUCAUCUCGUCUGACAAGACCCAACUGACCCAGUUCCGGAACAAGACCGCGUACCCGGUCUACCUGACCAUCGGCAACCUGCCGAAGGAGAUACGUCGCAAGCCCUCGCACCGCGGGCAGAUACUCCUUGCUUACCUGCCAACAAGCCGCCUCGAACACAUCACAAACAAGGCCGCUCGUAGGCGAACACUUGCGAACAUCUUUCACGCGUGCAUGUCGAUGGUUGUCGAGCCUCUGCGAAAGGCUGGGAUUGACGGCAUCUCCAUGACGAGUGGUGACGGCGUAGAGCGUCGAUGCCAUCCCAUCCUAGCCGUCUACGUCGGGGACUACCCCGAGCAGGUUCUCGUGACGGGAACCUAUACCGGCGACUGCCCGAUCUGCCAGUGCCCUCAUGACGCGCUCGGGUCUUACCCAUGUACUGCAGGAUAUCGCGACAUCGAGGCUACGUUUGACGCUUUCAGCAAAUUCGGGACUGCCGACUACAAUAAAGCGUGCGAUGCUGCGGGUAUCAAGCCGAUCCAGCAUCCAUUCUGGGAACACUUACCCUACGUCAAUAUCUAUCGUGCCAUCACUCCUGAUUUGCUUCACCAGCUCUAUCAGGGGAUCAUUAAGCACGUUCUGGUCUGGAUUACGAGCAUUGUAGGAAAGGACGAGGUCGACGCUCGGGUUCGGCGGCUGCCGCCAAACCAUAGCAUCCGGAUUUUCCACAAAGGGAUCACCGGUCUCUCGCGGGUCACCGGUACCGAGCACAGGCAAAUGGCGAAAUUUCUACUCGCACUUCUUGUCGACGUGCGGAUACCUGGUGGCGAGCCGGCUCGAACCGAUCUCGUUGCCGCGACAAAGGCACUCCUUGACUUCAUCUACAUGGCUCAGUACUCGGUUCAUUCAGAAACCACCCUCCUAGCACUCGAGGAGUCCCUGGCCACCUUCCACUCGAAGAAGGACAUCUUCGUCCGCCUCGGUGCACGUGAUCAUUUCGAUUUCCCCAAGCUUCACUCAAUGGUUCACUACGUCCGUGCAAUCAGGCUUUAUGGUACCACAGAUAACUACAAUACCGAGUCUACGGAGCGCCUGCAUAUCGACUUUGCGAAGGAGGCCUACCGUGCGACUAAUCAUAAAGACGAAUUUCCGCAGAUGACCAAGUGGCUCGAACGGCGUGAGAAGGUACUACAGCACGCUAACUAUGUCGAAUGGCGCCUUCUACAGGCUCAGCGCGGACACCAAGACGUUAUCGCUGCACGACAGGAGAUCCGCUGGCGACCACCAGAUAUGGCAUGUCCACUUCAUCACGUCAUGACGAAGUAUCCGAGCCGUAAAGCGGUUCCUCUCGCGGACAUUGUAUCACCGCAAGGUUAUGGUGCGACGUUCUUCACGGCAGCGUUUGCUCGGUUUGUGGUUGAGCUGAACAACCCCCAUCUGACACGGAACGAAGUCGAAGCGAGAGCUGCGCAGAUGCGAAUUCCAUUCACGGCUCUUCCUGUCUUCCACAAGAUUAAAUUCCGGAACGUCGAGCAGCAUGGGAAAGAGACACUCGACUCUAUCCAUGCACGGCCGCGACAGGUGGGACGUAACACCGAGGUACUUAUCCCUGCACGGUUUGACACGGCCCUUGUAUGUGUGUCUGGCGAGAGUGAGCCUGCAAUGGCCCGGGAACAACAUGGUAUGCGAGUGGGCCGCAUUCGAGUGGUCUUCUCAAUUCCAGACAGAGUAAUACCUUUCCUUUUCCCUCCGGCAAUGCCACGUCGUAACGUGCCGCGUCAUCUCGUCUACGUCGAGUGGCUUUCCAAAUUUGCAGACGCCCCGGACCGACAAUAUCAAAUGUACAAGAUCAGAUCACUACAAGGACCUAAUCAGCUAGGUUCGAUCGUACCACUGUCGUUGAUACAACGUAGUGUUCAUCUCAACCCGAAGUGGGGAGGUCCAGUUCCAGUACAUUGGACCAGCGAGAACGUCCUGGACGAGUGUGCAGUGUUUUACUUGAAUCAUUACCAAAGCCCACAUAGCUUCUACAAUUUGUAUUAA